UACCAAAGAGGGAACCUUAAUCUUUGCUUAACGUUAGAGCUUAGAGCUUUGUGAUUAAAUGUAUGAUGAAUAGCAUAGCCUAUACCAGAAAAGUUUUGAACCACUACAAGCUCUUCACUGGAUUAACCAUGACUAACCUGCUAUGAUGCAUGCCUAAGCCAUAUGGUUUAAUUCUAGCUUAUAUCAGGGGUAAGAAAUUCACAUGAACGCUGAAAAUUGUGAACUGUGUUAGCUGAUUCGUUAGCCAUAUAUGUUGAUCUCAGCCAGCCAGACCAUAAUGGAGAGAAAUGUACUCGUUAACGUAACAUGUAAAGAGAUGUAAACGCGAGCUUCCGUCCAGCAACAGACGUCUGACCAAAUGAGCACAAUAUUUGUUUAGAAAUACCACUUGUUUUCGGUCCUAGUCGCAGGUUUCGGAACAGCUAGUAGCCAACAUAAUGUCUAAAGUAGAGCGCCUGAACGCCCGAGUGGCAAAACUGUUGACGGUGGCGGUGCAUGAAGUCCUUGAGGUGGUGCGGGAAACGGUGUCGGAGUACCAGGAGAAAACCGCUCGCACUCAGCGGGAGAACGAGAGACUCAGGAGAAAGCUACAAGAAUUACAGGGCAAACCGAGGAGAGAGAGCAUGGGGACUGUACCAUCUGCCAGUGGAGAGUCCACAAAGAGGACUCGAGCUUUCCAUGAGGCUUUGCCUCUCAAGCAAGAACAAAUUUCUGAAACACUGCAGGACUUCGAACCAACUCCAGCUGACAUAGAGCAAAUCAUCAUAAAGUGUGACUCGCCAAGAGAACAUACCGACAUGCCUGCAGUCCAGAAUGAGGACUUCAUAGAGGAAAGGGAGGAGGAGUCGGUUCAAUUUGUGGCUGCCAUGGAAUUUCCCAGCACAAGCAAAUCCCAGAGACAGACUCUGAGAUGCAAGGUAGAGACAGACUCUGAACAACACCCUGAGGCAAUGAUUACCACAGAGAAUAUGUUGUUUGUAGAUGAACAGUUUUGUCCAGAUGGAAGCUCCAAUAUCCUGAACUCAGGGCUGAUUGGCGCAGCGCAGUCACAAGCCAAACAUCUUAACAACGUGCUAGAUACAGACUCCUCAGUCAACUUUACUGUGGAGACCUCACCUGCUCACACUCCACCACACACUUCCUGCUCAGUAACGUCAGGCUACCCCUACCUCACCGUUACUCAGAUCAAAACCGAGGUGGACUCAGACGACGACGACUGCGGCGGUGGUGGCAGUGGCAGCGGCCCCCAGGGGGAUGACUAUGUAACUGCAGACUUUGACGGCUUUAGGGAUAUGCCGGAGCAUUCCCAUAAACGGCAGGUUGUGGCAGGAGCCUCCACCUCAUAUAGAGUGUCUUACAGCCCCACCGGUACUAAUGCUCUGCAGCAGGAUCUUAUUCUGGGUAACGGCUUCGAUGCUAUGAGUCCAGAUGUGGACCCAGGCGGUGUUGCCGGGCGACGGAUUGGGGGGCGUCUCCCGCGCUCCUACACGCGCCACCACCCCAACCACACGGUGGCGCCGAAGCGCUACAGCUGCCAGGUGUGCGGGCGCAGCUUCAACCACGCGGGGGACUUCAAGAAGCACAAGCGCGUGCACACGGGCGAGAAGCCGUACGCGUGCGGCGUGUGCGGGAAGAGGUUCAGUCAGUCGGGCUACCUGACGGUACACCUGCGCUACCACACGGGCGAGAGGCCCUACACGUGCAGCCAGUGUGGCCGGAGCUUCAGUCACUCCAGCAACUUCAGGAAGCACCAGCAGACGCACGUAGGACAGGUGCGGCUAAACACGUAGCAUGAUUACCUGGGGGGUAUUCCAAGUACGUGGUUUCGUGGCAAACCUGGGUAAGUUAACUAAGUGUAAGUGGUA